UGGCAACUGGGUGAGUUUUAUCCAUAAAGCAGAAUUUUGUUGAACGGAGCUAACCUUUACCUGAGAGUGAAGAUGGCUACGGUGUCCUUUGCAUUGGGACUAUUACCAUGCUCUUCUUCUUUUUCCCGCGUUCGAUUUCCCGUUUUCAAUAACGGCAACUCUCUCAAACUGAGUUCCUCAGGCAGUAUCUCUGCUCCAAUUCUCCGGCAAAAUCUGUGCAGUGUUCCUUCUCCUCUCCCUCUAAGGCCUCGCUCUCUCACCAUUGUAUCCGCUAAAGGCUACAAAAUGAAAACCCACAAGGCUUCGGCUAAGCGGUUUAGGGUUACGGGGCGAGGCAAAAUAGUGCGCAGAAGAGCUGGCAAGCAGCACUUGCUCUCCAAGAAGAACACCAAGCGCAAAUUGCGUCUCUCCAAAAUGCACCCAGUCAACAGGAGUGACUAUGACAAUGUAAUUGGAGCCUUACCAUAUCUGAAGGUAAACAGAAAUGCUACAUGAUGUCGUGUUUGCAAAACUGAGUCAUAAGCCUAGCUGCGUUUAGUCUUGUGAUUUGUGACGUCUCCAAUAUGCUUUCAAAUGAAUACAAUUGGUUUUUGCUAAUUGAGAUAUCAGUACCUCAAGAAAAUGGUACACUUUCAUGUAUCAUGUAACAAUUGUUAUUUAUUGACAUCACAGUAUUGCAAUUUGUUUACCAUCUUCUAGUUUAUCUUUGCAAUUGUUUAGCAAGCUAUGAUGAAUAAUCUAUCUGGUGAGUUAUUUCUUUUAA